AUGUAUUCGAAUCCAGCGGCCCGGAAGUCCAUCGACAGUCUUGCCUCUCCUACCUCACCGCAGAGCCACCGUGCAGACUUCCCCUUCCACAGCGAGAGUGUCCUCGAAAUCGGGCAGAAUGCCAUCUCAACGCUCCUCCAACCCCCAAUCGUUCGAACCGGUCUCCUCCCACACACCACUGCUCCGGCGUCGAGUGCCCACAAGCCACCGACGGCCCGGGACAUUCCUCCUGUGACCCUGACAAACAUCCAAAAGAUCAACCCGUCCGAAUUUGAACCAUAUUUGAAGCAAGUUGGCGCACUGUAUAGACAGCUCCAACAGGUAAAAGAGAGCGAAGAGGAAGACGUGUUGAACCGUACACGAGGUGGGAAAGGGGACGAGGUCGGAGAUUCUUUUAGCGAGGACACCCACAACCGUCUACGUCCAGGCAGAAGACCACCGAACUCAAGGAAAGCAUCUGUCUCUUCGAUAUCCUCUUUUACUGGUCUGGAUGCGCCACCUAUCGCGCGGAGGUCGAGCUCGAGCUAUUCCAGAAAAUCCGCCCAGGGGCCACCUCCACUAUCAACAAUCCCCGUCGUCUACUUCGACGAAGACUUCCACCUAGAGAACCCAAGGACAUUUGAUGUUGUAAGCGAGAGAUCCGAGGUCGUCCGUCAAGAAGAGAAAGCGUCAUCAAAUGGGAAUGCGACAGCGCCGCGGAAGGCCCUGGCCACGAAUGCGAUCCUACAGGAGAAGCUCUCUUGGUAUAUGGACACUGUGGAAAUGCAUCUGAUCUCUGCCAUCUCGACUGCCUCGACCACAUUUUUCAGCGCUCUCGGAUCUCUGAAAGAACUCCACACAGAAACGGCCGAGUCUGUGCAGAAGAUAAAGACCCUGAGAGAAGAGCUUGAGGCUGUGGAUGAGGAGAUUGUUCUCAGUGGUCUACAUACCGUUCAGAUACGGCGGCGGCGCGAAAACGUCCAGCAGCUCCAUGAUGCCGUUCUGCAGCUGAAGGAAGUGGUGAAUCAGCUGGCAAACUGCGAGUCAAUGGUGGACUCGGGCGAUGUCGAUGCUGCACUCGACGGGAUUGACGCUCUGGAGGGCCUUAUCGCCGGCGAGGAAGACGAGUCGAUACCACCGCCAAGUGCGCUGCGGACUGUGCAAUUGAGGGAUCUCCGAGGUGCGAUAGCGCUGCAGGGUGUGAACGAGGACAUGAAUGUUUUGCGAUCACGAAUCGGCAAGGCCUACGAAACCAAGUUUGUGGCAAGCCUCAUCGCAGACCUCCGGCGCCAUGUCGAGAACGUCUCGACUCGAGAAGUUCUUGUACGUUGGAACAGCGCAUCCAUACGAGCGAGGGGUGGCCGCACGCCACGAGAACCGACGGCUUUCCCAUCUUACCUGGAGUCGACGGAUGACCUUCGCGCAAAACUCAUCGAGAGCUUGGGCGGCCUGUACAGGGCAAAACAGAUUACUAAUGCGGUCACGGCGUAUCGGGACUCUGUAAUCAAGGAGGUCAGGAGCCUCGUGAAGCAGGGCUUGCCCAGUUCGAACGACGACGACAAUAUGUCUGUAAUGUCUGCUUCUACCGCCACUGGUGGUGGGCGCAAAUUGUCUCAGAGGGAGAAGUCCUCAAUCCUUGCUCGGAACCUACGAGCACUCGAGCCCGCGGAUGCCGAGGAACUGCUGGUGAAGGUCUACGUCAGCGUAACCGAGACGUUGCGAAGGACGUCGACACAGGUCAAGUUGAUGCUGGAUGUUGCUGCCUCCAUCGAGGAUGGCUCAAUACCGUCAGGCAUGAAGUCCCCACCACUGAAAUCGCCACCCUUGAGCCCUCCGACGAGGAGAACGUCGGUUGCUGGCAUCGAGGCCCAGGAAGAGAUUCACAAGGUGCUGGACCUGUCUGCUGUCCUUGGCAAUGGGGUUGAUAUAGCGCAUGACAAGAUUGUGCGGAUACUACGAGUGCGAUCAGAGCAGAGUACUCAUCUGGAACUGGUCUGGUUCCUGCGCUACUUCACGCUUAACCUACAUUUUGCCAACGAGUGCGAGUCGAUGUCAGGGAGGAGCGGGACGCUCCUGAAGGACGAGGUCAACAAUCAGAUCAAGGACUUUGUUCGGAAUCACGGCGAUGCGGAACAACAGAAACUUGCCACAGGAAUGGAGUUGGAUCAGUGGGGCGCAGUCGACUUCACGGAGGCACACAAGGAACAGUUACAGCGGAUUCUCGACAGCAGCACAAGUGACCCGGGAGCAUGGGCACUAGGCACACAAGUCUGGAUCCCAUAUCCAGAGGAGGACGAGAAUGAGGAGAACGGUGUUGUUGAAAAGUCGUCACAGAGCAACGGUUCUGGCAAGGCAAAAGCGAUCAUCGACUCGGAAACUUUUGUCCUGCCCAACUCGGCCGUGUACUGCAUGGAUGGCAUGUCCAACUUUCUACACCUCAUCGUGGGGAUCCCUUCCAUCACAUCAGACGUCGCCAAGUCGCUCAUCAAAUACCUUCAAUUCUUCGACUCGCGCUGCAAGCAGCUCAUCUUGGGCGCGGGCGCCACGCGGACAGCGGGGCUCAGGAAUAUCACUACCCGUCACCUUGCCUCCUCCUCGCAAGCUCUGUCAUUUGUAGCCGCCUUGAUACCCUAUGUGCGGGAGUUCGCCCGGCGUCACGCUGGGUCGGGUAGUGCCUCAUCGGCGCUGAUGGGCGAGUUCGACAAGGUGAAACGAGACUACCAAGAGCACACGCAGACCAUCUUCGACAAGCUGGUGGAGAUCAUGAGCGGCCGAGCGACAGCGCACGCCAAGACGGCCAAGGCCACCGACUGGGAGAAGGAGACAAAGGGUGCGCAUGCCUAUAUGGAGACGCUGGUGAAGGAGACCUCUCUUCUCUACAAAAAUCUCUGCAAACAUCUUUCCGACGACGCAGUGCGCAUGAUCAUGGUACCCGUCUUCACCAGCAUCAAGGAGCAAUUUGGUGCAGACUUCAGGGUUGCUGAUCCGAAGACUGCGGCUGGUCGGGAUAGCAUGCUGCGUGACUUUGAAUUCUUCAAGAGCAAGCUGCAGCAUAUCGACGGUUUCGGGAAUACGGGCGACUACCUGAUCGACAUUGUCAAGUCGAAACAAGUCAAGCCCGCCUCGCAACCGCCGCCACCACCACCUAGUGAGACAAAGACCGAGGAGAAGCAAGACACGGGAGCCAUCCAAAAAGAGAACGGGAACGAGAGCUCGAUAGACCAGACUGAGGAUAAAAAGAAGGACUCUACGGGAGUCGAGACCAAGUCGUAGGAUCUCUUCUCUCCCUCAAGUACAGCGGAUAGGGGAAGAAGCAUUAUCAUCUUGACAUAUAGCGCGAGCGAGUCAUAUUGAGAAGCAAAUAAUCU